CACACACACCCUGGGGUUUCUCUGAGUGACUAGCAGUGUGGGGGCUGGGGUGGGGGGACCUCCGAGUGACAGCAUGGAGCUCUCAGCUGUCUGAGCCUGGAGUCUGUCCAGUACAUGACCUCCUGUUCUCACCAUGAGCUGUCUGGAUAUUAUGUACCACACGUAUGGAGCGCAUCGCCCUUAUUUCACAAGCACCCCAGCGUAUGCAGCACAGACUCUCUCUGUUUACCCGCGAGUUCAGGGAGUGGCGAUGGAAGGUGGAACCAGCAGCACUGGCCGCCCCCCGGCCCCCGGCAAAGAGGAUUCCCUCUUGGACAAGGAUAGACCUGAGGCCGAGUACAUCAACUCCAAAUGUGUUCUCUUCACCUAUUUUAACGGGGAUAUCAGCAGCACGGUGGAUGAGCACUUUACCAGAGCACUGAGCAACUACAGCCCUGAGAGCAGGAGUUACAAACCCAGGAAAAGCACUGCAGGGUCAUCAGAGGGCACAUCUCUGACUCAGCGCAAUUUCCCGGCAUCUUUUUGGGACAGUAAUUACCAGGUGCCAGCCCCUUGCCCAGCCCCAGCAGCGAGUAGCAGCAGCAGCAGCAGCAUUGACUCACCCCCCGCUGAGCUCCAUUUCAGUCCCACAGAGCCUUACCCGGGCCCCCUACACCCUCACCUAGCCCAGCCACCGGAGCAUUGGCACUACCCGCUGGGUGCCUCCCUCAGCCCACAGGGUGCAGCGUACCAUCACCCCAGGACUAUCCGUGAACUCUACCCAGUCAACCCCAACCUGGACCCCCGCUACAGCUCCCUGCUGGUGCCAACACUACGCUCUAGCCGACUGCAGCCAGCCAUUUCCGGCCAAGAGACAAGCUCCCCAUGGACAGGGGUCUUCCCCACCGCCGAAGUGACACAAACUUUAAACUUAAACGUGGAAGCAGCUCAACCCUGCUGUCUUCCUGGAGGACUCCUCUUCAGCUGAUUUCUGGAAGACUUUGGGGACGACUUAGAGAAAACUUCCACACGCACACACACAGACAUAGGCACACCUAUUUGUACAUAUUCUCUGUCAACAAUGGAUUUGGGGGCUAACCUCCCUCUCAUUAUAAGUGGGACAACACAUGCAAAAAUGUUGUAGGAAAAAGCAUUCAGUGAGAUUAUCGCAAAGGAGGAUUCCUUCAGCUCUCAUGUGACUGAAACUGGAAAACAGGACUGAAAAGAAAUGAUAAUCACAGUUUUUAUCAUAAAGUGGUUCAGUUAUCUUUCCCCCUCUCUUUGUGUUUUUUUUGAUGUGAAGAAUUUCGCAGUGAUUAAAGGAUUAAAAAACAUCAAACACGCCUCAU